AAGAACGAAGCGAUAAACAUUUGUCAGUGUCCCUUAAAGUCGUAAUAUACAGUGUUUUUGAGAUAAACGUUUAUUUUCAGUUAGUUCUGGUGUAAUUUUUAAAGGGAUUUUCGAAAAUGGCAUACAAUCCUCCCCCAAGUGGACCACCCCCUUAUUUUGGCUACCCUCCACCCCCCAGUCAAGCACCAGGGGCGUUCGCCUAUGUUCCGACACCAGUAAUGAUGCCGGUGUUCCCACCACCAGAAAGUCAUCCAUCGCAACCAACCUUCGUGACGAAUUAUAUAUACCCACCUCAACCUAUACCUGACCCGAUUAACAUUGUAGAACAGCCUGAAUAUCCUCCGGAGCUUCUUGACUGGGUACCAACCACGCCUGGCGAAGCCCAUACGCUGUAUGGCAGAGCAUAUACGGCAGGUAGAGAAGGUUGGGAUGGAAGCCCCCUGUGGUCUAUCCGAGCUCAUCACAACGGCGGUUUGAUUCUCGGGAAACUUGCUAUCAAGCACCGUGCAGCGUACAUACCAUUUGCUGGCAGAGAAAUACCGGUUCAUAACUUUGAGGUGCUAUGUGCCCCUCCCCACGCCGUCCAGUGGGUGCCUGCAAGUAACGGGCAGGUUCCUCCUGGAGCCAUCAUUGGAGGCAACACAAAUACUGCUGAGCCGCUGUAUGUCGGUCGAGCCCGUCACAGAGGCUCUUUAUCUCCUGGCAAGGUUCAACCUAGCCACGAAGCUUGCUACAUUUCUUUCGGCGGAUCUGAAGUUCCGUACAGGCAAUACGAGGUUCUUUGCCGAACAUCGAAUUUUUAAAAACGGGGCACAAAACAAGACAUUCGAAAAUUUUUUUCUACUUACAUUUCAAAAAUUUCAACCUUCAUCAACUGGUGACAUAAAGUUUAGGGAAACAAUGAACGUUAUAAAUCAAUAAAUAAAAUAAGGUAGAACAGAGUAGCUAGGUUUCUCAAAUUUCAUAAUAUUUUAUGGAAGAAAUAAUUAUAAGAUGGGUUUAUUUUUCUAAGGAAUAACUUCAAUACGCAUCGACCAGAAUGAUAUAUUCGUAAGGUAACUGAAGUAUAAAUGCAACAUAUAAAAAUAAAUGAAUGAACAUAAAUGAAACAACUACAUUGUAAAACAGU